CUGUAUUCCAUGGGUUCGAUGUAGCCAAAAGAUCUCUUCCAGCGCCCAACUUCUGUUAAUUUUUUCUAAUGGCGUUUUGCUCGCUCUCAUACACUGCGUUAGUAUUGGUAUUCGAUCACCGGUAUGGAUUAUAUGAACAACUUGGUGGCCCACGAAUGCAGACCGGCCUCAUGUAGAGAUUUCGGAGCUUCCGUAGUGAAGGCGAGCAAGCGGGAAGAAAUUACCACGUUAUCCAUGGCAGAAGAUGCAAUCACCUUCAUCGGUCAUCUCGGAUUCAGAGGCAUAGAUGCAUGCAGUGGGUCGAUGAGGGGCGUUAUUCUCCAACAAAUCCUCAUCCUCACUUCUACCACACCACGUGUGCGGUUCCUUUUCGGAUACACCAUGCUCUUCUCGCAGUUACAACGACAAAAAUUCCUUGCGGUGACCCGGAGUUCAUUGAAUAUCUUGCCAAACCACCCCCGGUUGAUGGACGACUUACGGAUGAGAGGAAAAUGAUGAUUGCGAGACCUAUGGUUGAGCU